UCUGACAGAAGUAACAUAUUUGACAGAGGACAAUGAAGAGGCUGCUUUUACUGUGUCUGUGCGUGCACGUGGCCUGGGCUAAGAUUAAUCUGGACGACGAUGAAGAUGACACGGAAACCACAGACUUGCCAGCAGAGAAGGGAACAGUAGCGGAAGGCGUUCGUGGUCACCGUCCGCUGGAUAAGGCCCGGGACACCUACACCCCCAGCCGCUAUGUCCCACCUCCUGUCAGCGGCGGCAACUAUCGUGGCCGUCCCACCAUGGCUCCAGUUGGAGGGUCACACCUGCAGGAGAAGGGGGAGCAGCCGGAGGCCGGAGGAUGCACACAUGCCUCAGAGGAGAUGGGUGUUUUGUGUCCCACUGGCUGUGACCUGAAGACCACACUGCUGAAGCAAGAGAGGACCGUCAAGACGAGCAUUAAUGAACUCAAGCCUCAGGUGGAUGAGCUGUCCAGAUCAUCCAACAGCAUCUACAACUACGUCAUCAGCAUGUCCACCUCUCUGAGGGAGAGGCAGGCAGUCAUCGACGGCAACAGCAGGGUGGUGGGUGUGUACACUGAUCAAGUGGAGGUACAACACGCCUACAUCAAGGACACGGUGGACAUGCUCUUCCCUUCCACCAUCAGGGUGCUACACGGGGUCCUAGACAAGAUCAGGCAGAAGAUCCAGAGGCUGGAGAAGGCCAUCCAGAUCCAGAGAGAUGAGUGCAGGGACCCAUGCAAGACCAAAUGUCCCAUACCGGUGGUGUCUGGUAAGGAGUGCGAGGACAUCUUCCGUCGUGGAGGAAAAGACUCCCAGAUGUACCUGAUCCAGCCUGAUGCCUCCUACCCUCCGUACAAAGUCUUCUGUGAUCAGACCACCCAGAACGGAGGAUGGGUUCUCAUCCAGAACAGACUUGAUGGCAGUGUCGACUUCGGCCGACGCUGGGACGAAUAUCGACGUGGCUUCGGCAACAUUGCCUUCGAUGGCGGCAAAGGUCACUGUGAGACUCCUGGUGAAUACUGGUUGGGCAAUGACCGCAUUAGUCAGCUGACCAAGAUGUACCCCACUGAGGUUCUUAUUCAGAUGCAGGACUGGACAGGAGCCAAGGUCCACGCCCAGUAUCGCCAGUUCACCGUCCAGUCAGACACGUCCAACUAUAUGCUGGCGGUUGAUGGUUACUCUGGUACCGCUGGCAACUGUUUGCUGGAUGGAGCCUUGCAGCUCUUUGGUGUAAACCGCACCAUGACGAUACAUACCGGCAUGAUGUUCAGCACCUUCGACAGAGACAACGACAAGUGGGUCCCUGGAGAUCCUACCAAACAGUGCUCCAGGGAGGAUGGAGGCGGCUGGUGGUACAAUCGCUGCCACUCUGCCAAUCCCAAUGGCCGAUACUACAUGGGUGGAGCCUACACUCGCCAAAUGGCCAAGCACGGCACCGAUGACGGCGUUGUGUGGAUGAACUGGAAGGGCAGCUGGUACUCCCUCAAGGCCAUCAGCAUGAAGAUCAGGCCUUUCUUCACCUCCAGUUAGCCUGGUCCCAGGGUUUCAGCAUAACACAUACAGGAAGCUGCCAAAAUAAAAGAAACAAGUAUUCAACAUAGUUUAGUGCCAAAUUAUCACAAGAACAGCAACAUUAAACUGCUUUUCAAGUUUUUCCUUUCAUUUUAGCAGUGACCUGUGGUGGACACACAUGUACACACAGAGGCUGUGGUUGUGAGUGAGUGUGCUGUGAUCUGCCUGUUGUUAUGUGCGAAGUCUUCAGCGUGGCUACCAGGACGA